CUUAUUUCUUGCCGGACAUACAUGAGUGUCUGGCAUUCGGAUAAUCGGCUGCAUUAUCUGCGUCUUGAUUGGAGAUGCGCCCAUGCAACCAUUCGAUCCUUCGACCAUUGCGGAGUAGAACAAGGUGGUUCCUGUCCUUCUCCGUCCAAUGACCAUGAUUCUUCGCAAGUCCGCUGUUUCUACUUUGUAAUAGCUCUGUGCUACCUGGAGACAUGGGCGAAGCAAGUAAUGGCUGAUAUUUCAGAUAUUACAGGGGUAUAAUGACUCACUUGAACUAUGACCACUCUUGGCCAGUGAUUUUGAAGGCCCCUGAGACUAUAUAACCUGACCUGCAGCUUCGUCUGGCUCACUCAUACCCCCUGAAAGAGCAAGUCCUGUAUUCUUUCUAGUGUGUUUUACAGGCUAGAAAAUGAUCACAUCUACCACUCCAUCCCGAGCUGCCAGAGCUCUGGCGUUUGGUCGACGGAUGCCAUCACAAAGAAAACCAUCCUCUCGUCUUCUCUCCUCAUCCGCACACCGUUAUGCCGACGAAACACUGAACAAAGUCUCCUCUAAGAUCACACAGCCCAAGUCCCAGGGUGCAUCUCAGGCGAUGCUUUACGCGACCGGUCUGACGGAGAAAGAUAUGUCCAAGGCACAGGUUGGAAUCUCAUCAGUGUGGUUUGAAGGGAACCCCUGUAAUAUGCACUUGAUGGAUUUGUCGUCGCUGGUCCGUGACUCGGUAGCCAAAGCCGGCCUGGUCCCCAUGCGCUUCAACUCCAUCGGUGCCUCUGAUGGCAUUAGUAUGGGCACAUCUGGCAUGCGUUUCAGUUUACAGAGCCGAGAGAUCAUUGCCGAUGGAAUUGAAACGGUCAUGAACGCCCAGUGGUACGAUGCUAAUAUCUCGUUGCCUGGCUGUGAUAAAAACAUGCCAGGUGUGCUGAUGGCUAUGGGCAGGGUCAACCGCCCGAGUAUCAUGGUGUAUGGUGGUAGUAUCAAGCCCGGCUGCAGUGCGGGGGGCAAGCCACUUGACCUGGUCAGCGCCUUUCAGUCGUAUGGUCAGUAUCUCACUGGUGAGAUCGACGAGAAGGAACGGUUUGAUAUCAUCCGACACGCUUGCCCCGGUGCUGGUGCUUGUGGGGGGAUGUAUACUGCCAAUACUCUAGCCACGGCUAUCGAGACCCUCGGUAUGACUGUCCCUGGAAGUAGCAGCACGCCGGCAGAGGAUCCACGUAAGCGAGCAGAGUGUGAGGAUAUUGGCCAGACAGUGAGGAAUCUGCUGAAGGAGGAUAUUCGGCCCAAGGACGUCAUGACGCGGCAGGCCUUUGAGAAUGCCAUGAUUGUCGUGAACAUUCUCGGAGGCAGUACUAAUGCAGUACUGCACUUGAUCGCCAUCGCUGAUUCCGUCGGGAUCAAGUUGACCAUCGAUGACUUCCAGGCCGUGUCAGACAAGACACCUUUCUUGGCUGACCUGAAGCCUUCCGGCAAGUAUGUCAUGCAUGACCUGUACAAGGUCGGGGGCACGCCAGCAUUGCUGAAGUUCCUGCUCAAGGAAGGCCUUAUCGACGGCUCCGGAAUCACUGUCACUGGCAAAGCCAUGAAAGAGAAUGUAGCCUCAUGGCCCGAGUUCUCACCUGACCAGCCUAUCAUCCGUCCCCUAAGCAAUCCUAUCAAGCCAACCGGCCACUUGCAGAUCCUCCGUGGGUCAUUGGCCCCUGGCGGCUCUGUUGGCAAGAUCACCGGCAAAGAAGGUCUUCGGUUUGAAGGUAUCGCCAAAUGCUACGACUAUGAGGAUGCUUUCAUCGAGGCCCUCGAACGAGGUGAGAUCAAAAAGGGCGAGAAAACCGUCGUCAUUAUUCGAUACGAAGGACCCAAGGGUGGUCCCGGUAUGCCUGAGAUGCUCAAGCCCAGCUCAGCCAUCAUGGGUGCCGGAUUAGGUCAGGACGUUGCGCUCCUCACUGAUGGGAGAUUCUCUGGAGGUAGUCAUGGCUUCUUGAUCGGGCAUGUUGUGCCUGAGGCUAUGGAGGGCGGGCCCAUCGCCCUGGUGAAGGAUGGCGAUCGAAUCGUGAUUGAUGCGGAGCAAAGAGUGGUUGACUUGCUGAUUACCCCGGAAGAGAUGGAAAAGAGAAGAGUUGCUUGGACGGCACCGGCGCCUCGGGCGAAGAAGGGGACAUUAAGCAAGUAUGCGAAGCUGGUGAGCGACGCAAGUCAUGGGUGCGUGACGGAUGGACCAAUCUAAGCUGGAAGUUAGUUUUCCUCUGAGUAGCUACUUCAAUGCAGAAUAUAUUGAACCAGAC